AUGGACUCCUACAUGUACCAGACGGUUGGCUCCGAGCUGGUGAACUCCAUCGCAGAGGCGAUGGAGCUUCCCUUGGUUCGUCGGAAUAUCACCGGAGCACCCAAGAACCUGGAGAACGGUAGCUAUGUGAAGAGCUCAGGCACAGUUUCGAAGGUAUUUGGAGGAGUUCCAUACUGUGGAUGGGAACGAUCUCAUUACAACAUACCUUAA